AUGGCGUCUGCGCAAAGGACACGUUUGCAUAUGCCGCCCGAUGCAGUCUACAUCCCGUUACCCACAGGGGUGAUAGAAAAGUUUACCAGAACUGACUGGGAAGUUGCUCAAGGGAAUAUCCCUCAUGACGUGUACAUGAUUGUCACUCCGAAAGUCCGACAAGAAGCACGGAAUCAUUUUGCUUGUCCUACACUUGAAGGGGCUGAGGUAGAGAAUCAAGGCGGUAGCGGCACGAGAGGUGCACACUGGGAGAAAAGAGUUUUUGAGAAUGAAGCGAUGUCAGGCGUCGCAACACAGGUCUAUGCAGUUUCACGUUUGACUUUGGCACUUUUUGAGGAUUCCGGUUGGUAUCAAGUAAAUUACGAGACUGAAGAGGAUGAUUGUUUGCUUCACAGCAAAGCCGAAGACAUGUCUUGGGGCAAAGGUCUUGGUUGUGAUUUUGCGAAAAAAAGCUGUUUGACAUGGAUGAGAAGCCGGCAAGAUCCAUACCCGUUCUGUACACAAGAAUUUGAUGUGAGAUGUAGCGAGGAUCGUAAAUCUAAAGUGAUCUGUAACUUGGUGUCGCCAAAAUUUGCUAGAAUAGCGAUUGAUUAUAACUACAACGUUCCAAGCCUUUAUACUGAUAUGAACGGUGGUGAAAUAGUUGGACUUGGUCAAGAAGAACUUGCUGAUUACUGUCCCUAUUAUCGAGUUUUCGAUGAAGUACCGAAAGAAGCAACCGACGACAGUCAUUGCACGUAUGCGGGAAACAUGUACUAUAACAAUUAUUCACUAGAAGUGAGUUUUACCCCGCUUAUUUUUCAACGAUGA